AGGCUGUCUCCGCCGGUGCUUGUAUUGAUAGUGCGACAAAGACGCACAGGAUAUGCUACCUCAGUCGCAUUGUUGGGAAUUAAGCUGCUGUGAUCCGACUAUGAUGCAGUAGGACUUGUAAAGACGGACAUUCACCAAAACAUGAAAGGAAAAAAAGAGAAAAUGGAUGAUGAAGAGGAGAAGAAGUCGUCAGCUAUUGACUGUCUAAUCGAACAUGCUUCCAUUGCUGCCGCCAUUGCCGAACCAGAGGAUGACAUUGAUGAUAAAGGAGAAAGAAAACAAACGGUCGUCCGAUCACAAGUAACUCGCCAGCGGCGAUACAAGGCGACAUGCAAAGAGCAGACAGCCGUUUGUUUGAAGCGGUUCUGUGUGUACAUGGCGUCCUACGUAGGCUUAACGUGCAUUGUUGUCGGGUACUCCAUUCUCGGUGGAAUAAUAUUUGUAGAGCUCGAGAGUGACCAUGAAGACCGUAUACAAGAAGUUGCGGAAGAUCUUAUGAACACGCACACAUCUAGACUUAACCAAAGACUUAGGAUGAUUCUACAACAGCACAAUUUUACGCGGAUUGUUGAUUUGUCGGAGACAAUUAAAGACGAACUGCAGGACUUUCAACAGCAGACCUACCAGCUGGUUAACGAAGAGGGUUGGAAUGGAGACUAUGAAAUGGGCAAUGACACACUCAGGAGAAACAAGUGGACAUUCUCAGGCGGGCUUUUAUACUCCGUUACCGUCAUAACUACUAUAGGUUAUGGAUUUAUAACACCAAGAACGACCGCUGGGCGUGCCAUAACCAUGCUAUAUGCACUUAUUGGAAUACCCCUUACAGUACUGUGCAUAACAAACAUAGGAAGAGGAAUGGCGUCGUUGUUUCGCGCCCUUUAUGGCGGCACCUUCUGCGUCGAGUGCCGACAGCAGUUCCUCAACACCGUCAAAAAUAAACGAUCAAAUAGCACUGCUAUUGACACGAUUGAACUAGAAAAAAUAGACCCUGAUCAAGUGUCAAUUGCCGAGUACAAUCAUACACACCAGGAGACCGAAGUACCCAUCAUCAUCUGUCUGCUGCUCGUGGCCUGGUACAUUGUGUUUGGUGCAAUCAUGUUCUCUAUUUGGGAGAAAGAGUGGGACUAUUUUGUUGGCUCAUAUUUUUGUUUUAUAACGCUGAGCACGAUCGGGUUUGGUGACGUAGUUCCGGGGUUUUCCAAUGCCGAGUGGGACGACCAGGUUAAGCAGGUCACCUGCUCUCUCUAUCUGCUCAUUGGAUUAUCAACGCUUGCAAUGUGUUUCGACCUCAUGCAACAAAGAGGUAUCGCCCUUGCAAACAAGUUUGGAAAAUUUAUAGGACUUGUAAAACCAGGUGAUUAAGUCUAAUCAAAACAUUUGGUCAAUUGAGAAAUAUCGUUGUCUGUAUCAUUACAAUAUGUGUUUUACAUUUUACUUGGUCGUUUGCUUUGCUGAUUGUGGUAUAAUUACAAAAUGCAUCUCUUAACUCAGACUGUUGUCGCAAUAAUUUGUAAGAAUUUCAAAGAUGCCUUAGAAGCAAAUGAUGACUGUUUUAUGAUUUCUAAGUUGUAAUGGUAUGAUAACUACGUUUAAAUUUUCCCUAUGUACUGUGCAUUAUGCUUUUAUAAGUGUUGUGGCGAUGAAUGCUAUUAAUCCAUAAUUUAAUAUUGACAUUCUGUGUUUUUUGUUAAAUUAAAUAGCAUGUCCAAACUUUAUGA